AAAAAUUCGCGACACGCACACACACACACACACACACAGAGCAGUCGGCGUUCUCCUGUGGAGCUGUUCAGUGAAUACUCUUUUAAGUGUUAGGGCAAUUCCUUCUCAUCAAGUAAUGCUUGUCUAGUUCGAAGGGACUUACCCAACAAAUGGAUGCAAGAGGACGUAUACCACCAGCUUAUGAAGGGCGUUCUGUACAAGCUCCAGGGAUGAUGCGUCAUGGUACAAUUCCUGCUGGCCGCCGCACUAUGGAACCACUUCAUCCUGAAAUUUUAGAGAACAAAUUGGCUGUUCAGACAGCAGAAAUAGAACGACUCGCUGGGGACAAUCAUAAAUUGGCAGCUACUCAUGUAGCACUGAGGCAGGAUCUUGUUGCUGCUCAACAAGAAAUCCAAAGACUCAGAGCACAUAUGAGAAGCAUUGAAACAGAAAGUGAUAUUCAGAUUCGAGUUCUAUUAGAUAAGACAGCAAAAAUGGAAGUAGAUAUCAGAGCUGCUGAGAGUGUUAAGAAGGAGCUGCAACAGGCUAACAUCGAGGCAAAGAGCUUGGUAAAAGCUCGACAAGAGCUAACUGCUCAAAUUCAACUGGCCACUCAGGACUUGGACCACGUCUGUACGGAUAUCAAAAACCUACCAGAGAUGCAUGCUGAGCUUGAUAGCUUGAGGCAAGAACACCAGAGGUUACGCACAACGUUUGAGUAUGAAAAGGGUUUCAACAUAGAGAAAGUUCAACAAAUGCAAGUUAUGGAGAAGGACCUGGUGGCCAUGGCAAGAGAAGUAGAAAAGUUGCGUGCUGAGGUGUUCAAUGCUGAGAAGAGGGCACAUGCACCGAACUUUUAUGGUGGCCCCUACAUGAAUCCAAAUCCUUUAUAUGCACAUCCUAUGCAUGGUAGUGGUGCCUAUGUUGACAGUUAUGGAAGACCGCAUACUGUGGGAGAGGGAAUGAUUCCAUAUGCAAGUGGCAAUGUUGUAGCUGCUUCUAGUGGUGUUGCAAGUGCAGCUGUUUCUAAUGCUGGUGGCAGUUCUGCUGGGUAAGGGGCAUAUGAUAGAGUCGGAUGUGAAUGUGUGUUGGUUUCAUACAAAGUCUUAUCCUGCUUUGCUGGUUAUGUAACAUGCAGACGUCACCAGGUUUUGAUUCCUUAAAUCCGUAAUUUGGACGCAUUUUCGAACUUUUUUAAACUUUUCCUUGUAACUUCUCAUAGUUUUAUACAAGAUUCAAUGUUCAAUACUCUGGUAUUCUUCAAGUAUC